AUGAGGGAGUGCCACGGAGGGCUGAACCAGCUGGGAGGGGCCUUUGUGAAUGGCAGACCCCUGCCAGAAGUGGUCCGCCAACGCAUCGUAGACCUGGCCCACCAGGGCGUGAGGCCCUGCGACAUCUCUCGCCAGCUCCGCGUCAGCCAUGGCUGUGUUAGCAAGAUCCUUGGCAGGUACUACGAAACUGGCAGCAUCCGGCCUGGAGUGAUCGGGGGUUCCAAGCCCAAGGUGGCAACCCCCAAAGUGGUGGAAAAGAUCGGGGACUACAAGCGGCAGAACCCAACCAUGUUUGCCUGGGAGAUCCGAGACCGGCUCCUGGCUGAGGGAGUCUGUGACAACGACACUGUCCCCAGUGUCAGCUCCAUCAACAGGAUCAUCCGGACCAAAGUGCAGCAGCCAUUCAACCUCCCCAUGGACAGCUGUGUGGCCACCAAGUCCCUGAGCCCAGGGCACACGCUGAUCCCCAGCUCAGCUGUCACACCUCCAGAGUCUCCCCAGUCAGACUCCCUGGGCUCCACCUACUCUAUCAACGGGCUCCUGGGGAUUGCUCAGCCUGGCAGCGACAACAAGAGGAAAAUGGAUGACAGUGACCAGGACAGCUGCCGGCUGAGCAUUGACUCACAGAGCAGCAGCAGCGCGCCCCGGAAGCACCUCCGCACCGACGCCUUCAGCCAGCACCACCUCGAGCCUCUGGAGUGCCCGUUCGAGCGGCAGCACUACCCGGAGGCCUACGCCUCCCCGAGCCACACCAAAGGCGAGCAGGGCCUCUAUCCGCUGCCCCUGCUCAACAGUGCCCUGGACGAUGGGAAGGCCACCCUGACCCCCUCCAACACGCCCCUGGGCCGCAACCUCCCCACUCACCAGACCUACCCCGUGGUGGCAGAUCCUCAUUCACCCUUCGCCAUAAAGCAGGAAACCCCCGAGGUGUCCAGUUCUAGCUCCACCCCUUCCUCUUUAUCUAGCUCCGCCUUUUUGGAUCUGCAGCAAGUCGGCUCCGGGGUCCCAGCAGGUGCCUCGGUCCCGCCCUUCAAUGCCUUUCCCCAUGCUGCCUCCGUGUACGGGCAGUUCACGGGCCAGGCCCUCCUCUCAGGGCGAGAGAUGGUGGGGCCCACGCUGCCCGGAUACCCACCCCACAUCCCCACCAGUGGACAGGGCAGCUAUGCCUCUUCUGCCAUCGCAGGCAUGGUGGCAGGAAGCGAAUACUCCGGCAAUGCCUACGGCCACACCCCCUACUCCUCCUACGGCGAGGCCUGGCGCUUCCCCAACUCCAGCUUGCUGAGUUCCCCAUAUUAUUACAGUUCCACAUCAAGGCCGAGCGCACCACCCACCACCGCCACGGCCUUUGACCACCUGUAGUUGCCAUGGGGACGGUGGGAGCGACUGAGCAACGGGAGGACUGGGCCUGGGACAGGCCCCAGAGAGUCAUACAAAGGAAUCUUUAUUUAUUACAUGAAAAAUAGCCACACGUCCAGCAUUGGUUAAUUUAACGAACCAUGGAAGAUGCGAUGACCUUGGAGAAGGGCGAAGUGUCCUCCAAGACCCUUUCAUGAGGGGCAGGAGUCCCUGGGAAAACAGGCACAUCCCAGGCCCAAAGAGGCGCAGUUGGAGGAAGAAGGCGCCCGUGGCUGGUACCCACCAAAGAGGAGAAGGAGCCGCAAGGAGCUCCAGGGGAUGGCGGAUGGGAGACGCACAAGCCAUGGCUCUGCCAUCAACACCACUGUAGCCAUCGUGAACCGUCAGCACUUUCUUCAGGCCUACAAGACCUCCCUCUGAGCCACUCCGAGAGUCACCUCCAUCGGCCUCCCGCCUGCCCUGGACCGGGCCGCAGGCUGCCCACCGUCUCUUCCCAGCUUGCCCACACUUCCUCCACCACUGUCGACUCAGACACAAGGCUGCGGGCCGGGUAGAGUCUCUCGGACACCCCCAGGGGUCCUCAGCUGCCCCUCCUUUUGCCUGCUGUUGUGACCAUACAAAUAGCAGCCCCGCUCCCCAGACCAGCACAAAGCAGCCUGAGACAGACCCGCCAAAGGACCCCGGGGGGGCCUCUUACACCCCUUCCCCAGUCCCUGGGGCAGAACAAGGCAGAGUGGUGGGGAUCUGCUUCCACCUUCCCAGCAGCUCCUGCGCGCCAAGUGUGUUUCCUACUGCGCAAGCCCGUCCACCACAGCCAGCAAGAAGAGACCCACGAGGCAACCCCCGAAGCCAGCUGCCCCACCCCCAGCGCCUGCCCCCCAGGCCUGAGUGUAAAUACUGUACAUGAAGCUCUGUUCGGGUCAAGCUCCCCUUCUUCCACCCCCACGCCUUGGCCUCCGACUGAAUUGUCCCCCUACGUGUUGGGCUUCUCUCCUUGACGCUUCUUUCUUUUUUAAAGACAACCCACCAUUGCAACAUGACUCAAUAAAUCAUUGCUCUUG